AUGCCUGAAAUUCGUUCAACUAACCUCGAAUCACUUGAAAGCACAACCUCUUUAGGGAUGAGUUUUCCAUCCCCAUUGAACGGUGUUAUAAUAUUUGUGGUAACUACAUUAGGUGGCUACCUCCAAAUUCAAUACCAAACAAAGAAACUGUCUCCAUUUGAAGAACAUUACGAGAUUAUGUGGGCAGUUUCUGUGGCCUUAUCCCUUUAUUCUGCGAUGUUAAUAGCUGAACUCAAAUUCCACGUUCACAAAUACUGUUUCCUUUCAAUCAUUAAACGAUUUACUGUGCUAAUGGGAGCUCUUGUUGCUGUUCUGCUUACUAUAAUCAUACUACCCCUAUUUGGAUAUUUCAAGUUGCUUCUUUGGAUCGUUUGUUUUGCAAAAGCAACACUAGUCAGCAGAGAAGAAAUUUGUGACUGGUUUCGGCAUGGAUUUUGUGAAACCAUUGAAAUGUUAUGUGGCUACUUUGGCAGGGAAAACAAUAGUUUGCCAGUCUAA